AUGGAACCUGGAGAAGGCUUGAAACAACAGGCUGAACAGUCUUUUUUUGAUCGCUCGGAUGAUUGGGAAGCAUUCGUCGACGUUUGCACUCCCGAAAUGGCCGCGCGUACAAAAUUUGCCAUACUUAUCGGUUGUCUUAGCGCCCACCGUGAUCGCCUUGCAGGAUUUUUCGGUCCACGCUUGGAAUCAACUCUCGUCUGUUGGGCCUUGGAUCACAUGGGAAGUCCGAUGUCCGACUUCCUCCGGUGGUCAUUGGGCCGAGAAGAGGGAGCGCCAGAAUACUGGACGAUCGAUGUUCUAGACGAGCACCUGACCCUCUGGAGCAAUGUCUUUGAGAGUACACCGGCAAAGCACUACGAGGAAUAUGUCAUACGCUUGACCUCGUCGCUGUACCCCUACCAAAACGCCACGAAUGGGCCCAGUAUUGCCCAUGCCCUUUCCUCUGAUCCGAAACACCGAAGGUGGGCAUAUCAGUUGUGGAAAGUAUUUUGGCUGAAACAUUUUGAACGUGUCACCAAGUCACAUCAACUUAAUGAUGCGGAAAUGUCAGACACGCUAUAA